AUGUCUAAUGUUGACGAUGCCCCCUCAGGCAAGGACAAGAAUGAAAUACACGACAUUAUCGCCAAGCUCAUCUUUGUGACCCAUCCCAAAUACAAGACCACAUAUCAUCAGGAUCUGAAGAAGUUUCGUGUGUCAGUUGCCAAUUGCAUCACAGCGACGGCUCUCAAAAAUAAAUACAAGAAGUGCAAGGCCAAGUUCAGUGCAACGGGUGCCGGUGUGGUGCCACUGGAUGCAACUACCUCGAACAACUUAUUGGACGAAGUCAAUGCUGAACUUCCAUGGCCGGGGGUUGACCAUGCGGGUAAUCUCUAUGCACUCAUACAGCUGCAUGGUGACCCUGGCAGGGCUGGUCCCUCAAUGAAUUUUGAGGUUGCCACUCAGGCUAGUGCUCAGCCAUCACACAGUGCAUCCUCCCCCCAACCACAGCCCCAUCUGCCAUCACACAGCGCAUCCUCCGCUGAGCCACAGCCCCAAGGUACAUUCUCCCCCCAGCCCCAACCCUCUAACGGCUCUUCCAACAAUGAUCCUCCUAUUGAUCUGUGUCUUCUGCAAGCUCCUCCCUCCUUUCCUCAUAACGACAUGGACUGUAAUAUGCAUGACCCUGAUGACGAUGACGAUGACAUGGAUCUGAGUUGUCCUUUGUCCACCCCCCUCGGGGACGCACUGUGCCACUUGGAAGAUGACCCCAUGACCCUUGACAGCCAUGCUAGAGCCACUGGGAAAAAGCGUCAACUUGCAGCAUCUCCUCCUCCCGACAUUCCCAGUACUUUUGAGGUGCCGCAGAAAUCGUCGACACCCUUUUAUGACAGCCAUGCGGCAUUCAGUGCACAGCGACCCUCUAGUCGUGGGGGGCAUCACAGAAAAACACCCUCUAUCGCAUCGUCAGGGGUGUCCUGCAGCAUGUCAACCCCUUCCUCAACAACUCGCAACACUGUUAAGACCAUGCACAAAGGGUAG